AAAACGCAUAUUUACCAAGAAGAAAUUAUGAUUUUAAAGUAAAUGUACCCACUCGGAAAAAAAAAAAACUCUUAGCUUAUUAAUACCAAUUUCUCUACGUUUUUUCUCGUCUUCAGUUCUAUAAAUUAGCCAAGGACUGGUGGCUAUUCGGUGCGUAUUUCUGCUUGCCGCUGGCCUGCACUGCUAUCUUUUACACUCUGAUGACCUGUGAGAUGCUGAGGAAGAAGAACGGAGUCCAGAUCGCGCUCAGUGAUCACAUAAAACAGAGGAGAGAGGUGGCCAAAACAGUUUUCUGCCUGGUUCUGGUCUUCGCCCUCUGCUGGUUGCCUCUUCAUCUCAGCAGGAUCCUUAAGCUGACCAUUUACGACGAGAAGGAUCCCAACCGCUGUGAACUGCUCAGUUUCUUCUUGGUGUUGGACUACAUUGGCAUCAAUAUGGCGUCUAUAAACUCCUGCAUCAACCCCAUCGCUCUCUAUAUGGUCAGCAAGCGCUUCAAGAACUGCUUCAGGUCAUGCUUGUGCUGCUGGUGCCUCCCACCCGAGAUGCUGAUGGAUGAGAAACCGUCGUGCCUCAAGUUGAAAGUCAACGACCGAGCCUCGGACCAGAGCAACUCCCGCAUGACCAACAAAUCGAGCACGGCCUGAGGAGGCAAAGACAACAAGGAAGAUUUCUCAAGCACAGCUGUCUGAAAAGAAGACCAUUCUUUUGCGGCAGAGACGACGAAACUACGCCGAAUUUCCCACCGGGAACACACCGUGCGCUUCACAAAGCACUUUUUCUCGGGUCACAGUUGUUAUCCACGCAGCAGAUACUCGCCGCCUGCCAACCGACUGUUGCUUUGGUGCCAGAAGUCCUCUGAUAGGUUGCUUGUCCCCUAUCUGCAUUUAUCUGUUACUCUUAACUGAAUAUUUUUUUUGCCUCAACCGCCGUAAAAGCUUGUAUGUCUUUCUGCUGUUGCCGAGCGGGAAAAAAAAAUCAGUUCUCUACCGACUCUUCGCGGUUCUGAGCUUGCGAACUUUUUUGCUUGCUUGCUUAUUUAGAUAAACUGCUGAAGUGGACACUCGGACGGGAUCGUUGUAAAAAAAGACGCCAAAGCGUUGGUUUUCUCCGGCAAUAUUAUUGCGUC